AAAUAAAUAAGCAUAAGGUAAUAAGGGGUGUGGUGGGAUCAUAUGAUAGUGUAUGAAAAUUUCAGUAGGAAGAGAAACUGAGAAUUGAGUGGUGUGAAUUUUUGUUUUGUAGAGAAGAUGCCAUUGAAGGUGUUAGAGGCGACGGUGUCGAGCUUUGAUGGGGUGUUUGCGAAGUUCCGAUCAGAGGCUCCAAAAAACAAGGCAAAUCUCAUCCUCUUCUUGGCUGACAAAGAUCCUGCUACCUCUCUCAGCUGGUGCCCUGAUUGUGUGAGAGCAGAACCUGUGAUCUACAAGAAGCUGGAGGCUUCACCUGAUGACAUUGCACUUUUGAGAGCUUAUGUUGGAGACAGACCAACAUGGAGGAACCCUCGGCAUCCAUGGAGGGUGGACCCUAAGUUCAACCUCACUGGGGUUCCAACGUUGAUCCGUUGGGAGAAUGAUGCAGUUAAAGGUCGCCUUGAGGAUCAUGAAGCUCACCUUGAACACAAAAUUCAACCUCUUGUUGCUGACAAGUGAUAAAUGAUUGUUAUAGUCCACUGUUUCUUAGAUAGUUUAAACAAUGGAUGCUCUACUCUUGUCAGCAAUUUGUCCCUCCCAUACUUUAUAAUUUUGCUUCUAAAGCAUAUAAUAAAUGAUGAGUAUCAAUGGUGACAAGGGAACUCUACAAAUAAAUGGUUACUUUUUGUUUGCUUGUUUAUGGUUUUGGGCAUCAUAAAUGUACUGGAUAAUGUUCAGCUUGCUGUUUACCAACUAAGCAAUAUCCUGAAUGUGGAAAUUACUAUGUGAUCAACAAUUUAAACUG